UCCAUAUGUAUCCCGUGUCCGCCCGGGUUUGAUGAGAUUGGUUUGAAGUGUUGAACUUAUGGGCGAAUCGGGACCCCGUCCAGCCCUGGGGGCUUCUUGGGCUCAAGGCUCAGCCUCGGCGACCCAUCUAUCGGGCUCCAUCAAGAGCCUAGAGGAGAAAUGGCAAUUGGUCCCCGCGUUUCUGAGCGUGCGCGGGUUGGUCCGGCAACACAUUGACUCGUUUAACUACUUUAUCGCCACAGACCUGAAGAACAUCGUGCGCGCCAAUCACAAGGUCAUCUCUAAUGCCGAUCCAGCCUUCUAUCUCAAAUAUCUGGACGUUCACGUCGGACCUCCGGAGAUCGAGGAGUCCUUUGGCGUGACCCGAGCCACAUCCCCCCAUGAAUGUCGAUUGCGUGACAUCACUUAUGCUGCGCCCAUCACAGUUGACAUCGAGUACACGCGUGGUCAAAGCCGCAUCAUUCGUCAAGGCCUACCCAUUGGACGGAUGCCUAUCAUGCUUCGGAGUGAUCGUUGCAUCUUGAAUGGCCGGAAUCAUGCCGAAUUGGCCAAAGUCAAUGAAUGUCCCUACGAUCCGGGCGGUUACUUCAUCACCAAAGGCCAGGAGAAGGUCAUUCUCAUCCAAGAGCAGCUCUCCAAAAAUCGGAUGAUUGUGGAAGUGGAUCGCACCGGACAGAUCACAUGUCAAGUCACGAGCUCUACCCAUGGAACCAAAACCCGGACGAAUGUAACCACCAAGGCCGGUCGUUAUUAUCUCAAGCACAAUUCUAUGGAGAAGGACAUUCCCAUAGCUAUUGUUUUCAAGGCCAUGGGUGUGGUUUCGGAUCAAGAGAUCGUGCAAAUGGUGGGUACAGAGGACGCCAUUAUGACGGCCUUUGCGGCGUCUUUGGAAGAAUGCAAUCGAGCCAUGGUGUUCACCCAAUUGCAAGCCUUGAAAUACAUUGCGCAGAAGAUGAAGGCCAAGAAGUUCUACUCCGGUCCCAAGAAAAGCCCUUCCGAUGAUGCCCGAGAUACACUCGCCGAGACAGUUCUGGCCCACGUGCCCGUGGUUGGUUACAAUUACAAAAUGAAAGCCAUUUACAUGGCAUUGAUGGUGAGGCGCGUAAUUGAAUCGCAGAAUGACGAACUCAUGGUAGAUGACCGGGAUUACUAUGGGAACAAGCGCUUGGAACUGGCUGGAUCAUUGCUCUCGUUGCUCUUUGAAGACUUAUUUAAGCGUCUCAAUUGGGAGUUGAAACAGAUCGCGGAUCGCAAUAUUCCUCGGGUUAAAGCGGCUCAGUUCGAUAUCGUCAAACACAUUCGGAGCGAUUUGAUCACAAUCGGGUUGGAGAAUGCCAUUUCGAGUGGAAAUUGGACCAUCAAGCGGUUCCGAAUGGAACGUCAAGGUGUGACCCAAGUUCUCUCCAGGUUAAGUUACAUCUCAGCCUUAGGUAUGAUGACGCGGGUUAAUUCACAGUUCGAAAAAACCCGCAAAGUAAGUGGUCCUCGAUCCCUUCAGCCCAGCCAAUGGGGCAUGUUAUGUCCCUCAGACACCCCCGAGGGUGAAUCCUGUGGUCUCGUCAAGAACUUGGCCCUCAUGACUCACAUCACAACAGAGAGUGAGGAAGCGCCUCUGGUCCGUUUAGCAUUCAAUGUUGGUGUGGAGGAUGUGCAUCUUUUGUCCGGAGAGGAGUUGAGUAAUCCGAGGAUUUUCACCGUCUUCCUUAAUGGAGGCAUUCUUGGAGUGGUGAAGAACACUGCUAAGUUGAUCAAAGUGUUCCGCACGGCACGGCGAAUGGGAUUCAUCAACGGCUUCGUGUCCAUCUACCCGCAUCUCAAAACCCGUUGUGUAUACAUUAGUGCCGACGGGGGUCGACUGUGUCGUCCUUACAUAAUCGUGGAUCGAACCCGGCCUUUGGUCAAACAAAAGCACAUCACCCGUCUCAUGGGAGGAAAAUUGGUCUUCGACGACUUCCUUCGGAAAGGCCUCGUCGAGUAUUUGGAUGUCAACGAGGAGAAUGACAGUAAUAUUGCCUUGUAUGAGGCGGAUAUCGUGGCCAACACCACUCACCUAGAAAUCGAGCCGUUCACAUUGUUGGGCGUUUGCGCCGGACUCAUUCCAUAUCCACAUCACAACCAAUCACCAAGGAAUACCUACCAAUGUGCCAUGGGGAAACAGGCCAUGGGUACCAUCGCUCUCAACCAAAGGAAUAGAAUUGACACCCUUCUCUAUAAUCUCGUCUACCCAAUGAAGCCGAUGGUGAAGUCACGGACCAUCGAACUCAUCAACUUUGAGGAGCUUCCCGCGGGUCAAAACGCCAUCGUGGCUGUAAUGAGUUACUCUGGCUAUGAUAUCGAGGAUGCGAUCAUCCUAAAUCGAGCCUCUUUGGAUCGAGGAUACGGACGGUGUCUCGUUUAUCGCAAUCAAAAAGCCACGCUCAAGCGGUAUGCCAAUCAGACUUAUGAUCGGGUCAUGGGGCCAUUGGUUGAUUCGGAGACCCAGAAACCAAUUUGGAAACACGACGUUCUCGAUGCGGAUGGAAUCUGCUCGCCCGGCAUGAAAGUUGAGAACAAACAAAUUCUCGUCAAUAAAUCCAUGCCCGCCAUCACCCGUGGCGAUGCCAUGAACCCGAUGGAAAAUCAACCGCGGCAAACAGAAUAUCGGGAUACACCCAACAUGUACAAGGGACCUAUUCCGUCUUUUAUCGAGCGUGUGAUGAUCUCAUCUAAUGCAGAUGACGCGUUCCUAAUCAAGAUCCUGCUCAGACAGACCAGACGACCCGAGUUGGGGGAUAAAUUCAGCUCUCGUCACGGUCAGAAAGGCGUGACCGGAUUGAUUGUCCAACAAGAAGACAUGCCAUUCAACGAGCAGGGUAUAUGUCCGGACAUGAUUAUGAACCCUCAUGGUUUCCCAUCCCGAAUGACGGUGGGUAAACUCAUGGAGCUUCUAGGCGGGAAAGCGGGAUUGUUGGAAGGCAAAUUCCACUACGGAACGGCUUUUGGAGGGUCCAAAGUGUCUGAUAUUUGUGAAGAGUUAGUACGCAACGGCUUCAAUUAUCAGGGCAAAGACAUCCUCACUUCCGGAAUCACCGGCGAGCCUCUGCAAGCCUAUAUCUAUCAUGGGCCUGUCUACUACCAGAAACUUAAGCACAUGGUCUUGGACAAAAUGCACGGUCGUGCCCGUGGCCCAAGGGCGGUAUUGACCCGUCAACCUACCGAGGGAAGAUCACGAGAAGGUGGGCUCCGUUUGGGUGAGAUGGAGCGCGAUUGUCUUAUCGCUUAUGGAGCGAGCAUGUUACUUGUGGAACGCCUGAUGAUUUCAUCGGACGCUUUUGAUGUCGAUGUUUGUAAUGGCUGUGGUCUUUUGGGAUAUUCCGGAUGGUGCACUAAUUGCAAGUCAUCCAAGUCAGUGUCCUCAAUUCGGAUUCCUUAUGCGUGCAAGCUGCUUUUUCAAGAGCUUCAAGCUAUGAAUAUUGUGCCUCGUUUGAAGCUCGAGAAAUACUGCGACGGUUGAUGAAUUAAUGUUGUCCAAUAAAGGCAGUUUUACUUUCUUAAAAAGA